AUGAGUGAGCACGAACCUGUUGCAAUUACCAAAACUCGGAAAAGAAAUGGAGUUACACAAUAUUUUGUGAUAUAUUCUGAUACCAAAGACGGUAAAGGUCAAUGGGUUAAAGAAACGGAUUUAAAAUGUCAAAGUUUAAUAGAACAAUUCGAAGGAACAGAAAUAGACAAGAAGAAAGUAGCUAGAAAACCAAGUGCUACCCCACCACGACGCAUUCAAAAAAUCGCAGGAGCAAUGGAAAUUAAUAAUGAAAUUGUUUUUCUUGUUAAAUUUACUGAUUCAGAGAAUUUCGAAAAUGUUUCACACGCUGAUAUGAAAAGCAGAUACACAAAAUCUCUCUUGGCUUAUUAUGAACAACAUAUUUUCGUUGUUGAUGAAUAG